AAGAGUUCAUCCGAUAUGAUAACCAUUUCAAUCUUAACCGUCGAUGAUGUUCUUAGGUUACACAGACAACAGAUGGAAGAGGAACGACGACGAACGGAAGCAGAAGCGGAGGAAUUGGAGCGGCGGAGGCUUCAAGAAGCAGAAGCAGAAAAGAAGAGGAAGGAGGAAUAUGCCAGGAAGAUUCUUCAGUUGAAAAUGAAACAAAUAGACGAAGAACGACGCCGUCAGGAGAUGCUAAUACUCCAGCGACAGAAAGAGGAAGAAUUUCGCAAAGCUGAGCAAGAGAGAUUGGCAGAGAUGGCGGUUCAGGAACGUCAAGAAUACGAAAGGAAGAAGGCGGAAGAGGAGGAACGACGAAUUCGUGAAGAGGAAGUGAGACGAUUACGAAGAGAGCAAGAAGCGAAAGAGAUAAUGCAGGAAGCGAUAGAAUUGGCCCAAGAAAAAGCCCGUCAGCUGGCAGAAUUAGAAGAAAGGUUGCGUUUUACUCAGACCCUUCAAGCCGAAUCAAUCGGGUUGAUGCAGGGUCAGACUAUUACCCGGGCUUUCGUGUUUUCUUAUUUCGAAUUGUUAAAAUUCCUUGGAAAAGAGAAUGCGGACAAGCGGGAGAUAAUCGAAAGGAAUAUUCCAACAACCUAACAGGACUGGAAAUAAAUAAAUAAAUAAAUAAAUAAAUAAAUAAAUAAUAAAAAGGUCUGCAACAUC